AUGGUCGGCGCCAGUGGUCGCAGACCGAUGCGACGCAAGGUCAUAUCUACCGCUGACCUCGUGUUGGACACAACUUCACAAGUAUCGCAAAGCACAGCAGCAGAGCGACUUAAUAUGCCUGCUAAAGUUCCUCGCAACGCAAACCUCCUCGACUACAUCUCUCAUACACCUAAGGAUGUUGACAUAGACACGCCCUAUAGACGCAGAGGAGGGAAGCGUGCCCUCGCGGAAGUCCUCGAGGAGAAGGCUGCACGUGAAAGCAGCUCUCGACCAAGACGCGCAAAGGCAGCGACCGAGUAUAAGCAGUUCUUUAACGACGCAGACGACUACGAGGCAUACGAAAGACCCAAGCGAAUAACCGCCACCUCCAAAUUGAACAAGAAGCAGCUGGUCAUCUACAACAAGAACGCCACCAAGUCCCGACUUCUUCGACUGCCGGCCGAGCUACGCAUCCGCAUUUGGAAGCUGGUGUUUGGAGGCGAGGUGGUGCACAUCUGGGAAGAGUCGCAAUAUGGGGUGCCGAAUCACAAGCUUUUCCGGUCGGUCUGCAAACGUCACAUCGGAGAAGAGGGAGAGAUCCAAGCCAUCACGAGCAGCCAGGCCAAGGUCCUCGACAGCUUCGAACCCAGCCACGAGGGAUGCAAUCUUCGUGUGAAGCACUAUAGGAGAGUCAAAGUGUGCGGCGUGGAACUCAGUCCACCCCUGACAUGCCGUCAGAUCCACAGAGAAGCAGCACUGCUCCCUCUGCAGUGUAACACCUUCCAAUUCAAACGCUCCUCGGAUCUUAAGCUCUUCUUGGACCGCCUCAUCCCAGCCCAGGCUCGAGCUCUUCAGCACUUGGGCAUCCUCUACAGCCGCUGCGAGGGAUCGUGGCACGACUAUGGGAUCAAAGCACAGCUCAAGAAGAAGGUUCAGUCUCUCAAGGCUCUUGACCUGUUCAUGCAAUUCGAGGGGAUGUUCGAGGAUAGCUGGGUUAAGGACCAGAUUGCGAUUGCGCUACGUACUUACAGCAGACUCAAGCUCGACAAGGUCAACGUGGCUGCGUACAACAGCUUUGGUGGUUAUGGCAGGGACUGGGAUCCGUUUCACAAGAAGGUGGAUCUCGAGAAGUGA